AUGUCUCGAAGGGCCGCGAUAGUCGAAGAGUUCGAUGAUGACACUGAUCUCCCUCUCCCUACCCGACCCCUGCCCAACACCGGUGCUCGCGGUGCUAUUCUCGAGGAGCUAUCCGACUCCGAUGAAGACACUUCGACUCUUGUAGGUUCCACCGCAGGUCCUGCAUCUCCCUCACAAACGCAGUUCAAGUCGACCGUUCCGGAUAGAGAUGAGAUCGCAGCUAGGACGGUCACAGACAUCACCCCGUACAAGAAAUGGACGUGCGUCUACCCAAUCUACAUAGAUGCUAAACGUCCUUGUGGCCGAGGCGAGCGGCGUAUAGCGCGGCCCAAGAGUGUAUGGUGGCCGCUCAGCAAGGACAUCGCAGGUGCGGCAGAUAGGCUAGGACUGGGGGCGCUGCAUGAGAUCCACAAAGCGCACCCGCGCGAUUGGGAGAACCCAGGGAGGGUGCGCGUGCAGUGGAAGAAAGAUGGGCGACUCGUGAAUCCCGCGAUCAGAACCAGACCCAUCGUCUUGAGGCGACAUGCCAAUGCCACACGCACAGAGAAACAGCUCCUCGAACGCAUUGCGCAACAAAUACAGCUCGUCAAACCCGAUAACAUCCCGAAAGCGCCGUAUCACACGAGCACCGACCAAGCUGUCAGAGCAGAAUCUGCGCAGCCUGCUGCUACUCAGAAGCCUGCAGCAGCAGCUGCUGUGAAGGGGAAGCAACCAGCGACAGGCGCGAAAGGGGGGAAAGCGUCGACGACAGCUUCGGCACCCACUAGCGCUGCGCCAUCGAAAAACCACAGGCCAAAGCCGCCUAGUCCGCCAUCGCCACACCCUCCGCUGACAAGUAGAGUCUCGCCGUACUCUCCAGCGCUGCCGUCCGGAGUCCUGAUCGAUGCUGUAAAAGCGGGGAUGACCGCGCAGGAGGCUGCACCCGGUGUUGCUGGGGGUGGGAAGGGAAAGAGAAAGGUUAUGCGAGUGAGGGCAUGA